AGGGCGGUGCGGGGCCGGCUCCCGGCGGGAACUCGCUCUUUCUCCGGCCGCUAAUGGUUUGUUAGAGAGGCGGGAGAAGCCGCGCCUCCUGGCGGGCCAAGAGAAAAAUUCCGGCGGGAGCUCUCUGGGUGGACCGGACGGUGCCCCUCAGCCCUUUCCUUUGCUGGCCCUCCUCCUCAGCUCAGCUGCAGUGGGCGCAGUGCCUGUUUUUUCCGCCAUCUCGAGGUGCUUGGAACUGAUGCAGGGAGCUUGGUCGGUGGUUUCUCGGGUUUCUGGCCUUUCCAGACCCUUGUUUGUUUUCUGCGUGCAGAGCCCUUUUGGGGUCUGGUGGGGGUUCUGUAUCCUGCGCACGUCAUCGCGAAGCUCUGCCUGAGGGUCCGGUUUCCUGGCUACGGCGCCCCUCCCUCCUGGAGGCCGAGUGACGGGCCCGUGGGCGGCGGGCUGCGCUAGGUGCCUGCGUCCCGCCAAAGAGUCAGAAGCUUAAGUGAAAAUGGUACAUGUUAGAAGACAUGAAACAAGGAAAAAUUCUAAAGCUCAAGUGCCUGAGCAGAAAUCUCGAGUUGAUUGGAGACGAACUAAAAGAAAUAGUAUCUCACAAUUAUUUGAUAGUGAUGAAGAUCUUGAUAGUGAUGAAGAACUUGAUAGCGAUGAAGAGCUUGAUAGUGAUGAAAGUGUUGAUAAUAAUGAAAGUUUUGAUAAUGAUGAAGAGAUUGAUAGUAACAAGGGGCUUGAUAGUAAUAAAACAGCAGAAGAUAAAAGAGAGCUUAAAUUAAGUAAAGUUGAAAGUGAAGGAAACAACAGUAAGCAUCUCAUUAACGCUGACAACAGUUCAACAUAUGAAGAAGAAAUGAGCAAAACCAAACAUAGGAGUAUUGAUUUACCAGAUCAGGAAAAACAUCCAAGUCAAGAGGAUAAUGAUUUCAAUAAACACACUGGACAAGUAAUAGAGGAGGAUUUAGAAGAAGAACACAUCAAGCGAGGGAAAAGAAAAAGGGUAUCCUCUGUGAUGUAUGACAGCGAUGAGAGUGAUGACAGUGAUAUCCUAGUUAGAAAAGUAGGUGUUAAACGUCCACGUAGAGUGGUUGAAGAUGAAUGUUCUUCAGUGGAAAUGGAGGAAAAAAACCCUGAGAAAACAUUAGCUGCACGAAAGCGAGAACAACUUCAGAAGCUGAAAGAACUCUCAAAACAAAGAUCUCGUCAGAGACGCAAUAGUGGUAGAGAUUUUGAGGACUCUGAAAAGGAAUCCUGCCCGAGCAGUGAUGAAGAUGAUGAUGAUGAGGAGGAGGAGGAGGAUUACGAAUAUGAUGAAGAUGGCGAUGAUUAUAUUAUUGAUGACUUUGUAGUGCAAGAUGAGGAGGGUGAUGAAGAGAAUAAAAACCAACGAGGAGAAAAGUUAACUACAUCACAGCUGAAAUUAGUAAAACAGAAUUCUCUUUAUUCUUUUAGUGACCACUAUACUCACUUUGAAAGAGUUGUGAAGGCUCUUCUGAUCAAUGCUUUAGAUGAAUCUUUUCUGGGAACAUUGUAUGAUGGCACUAGGCAAAAAUCAUAUGCACAAGAUAUGUUGACAUCUCUUCAUUAUUUGGAUAACCGCUUUGUUCAGCCUCGUCUAGAGAGUUUAGCUUCUAGAAGUCGUUGGAAAGAGCAAUAUAAGGAGCGGGUAGAAAAUUAUUCUAAUGUAAGUAUCCAUUUGAAGAAUGCUGAAAACUGCUCCUGCCAGGCCUGUGGAUUGCAUCGCUACUGUAGAUAUUCAGUGCAUUUAUCAGGAAAGUUGUAUAACACCAGAACCAUGGAAACAGAUGAUUUCAUGUCACAUGAUAAACAGGUGUUUACUGUUGGCAGAAUUUGUGCUGAUCGUACCAGAAUUUAUCAUAAACUGAAACAUUUUAAAUUCAAACUGUACCAGGAAUGUUGCUCCAUUGCAAAGACAGAAGAAGUGGAGGAUGAACAGGUUAAAGAAACAGUGGAAAGAAUUUUCAGUCAGUCGAAAGAAAGUGGCUGGAUUAAGGAGAAAUACGGUCAACUUGAAGAAUAUCUCAAUUUUGCGGAUUACUUUCAAGAUGAGAAGUUUGACUGAAUUGUAACACAUUUCCUUCAGAGAAGAUUUUAUAAAUUCUUGUAAAUGUGAAGAUCCUGAAUCUUGUUUCUCUAUAUCAUGUGACAAAUUUAUAAAUUUUAUGUACAUCUUCAUGGCAGAAUAUCUUGUAUAAAACAUAUGUUCAUCUUAAUUCCCAUGACAUGGCACUCUACAGUCUAAUAAAACUUUUAUCUGAUGUACAUAGAAAACAUAGGCUUAAUAAUUUUUAAGUCUGUAAAUGUAUUUUAAAGUUACAUAACAACGCCUUUAUAACACAUGACUGUCAAGUGAAUGAGCUGUUCAUGUCCUGUCCAUUUAAUAGAUUUAUGUCGUAUUUUAAAAAUGUAUUUAGAUUAACAUCUAUGUGUAUUUGUUGCUGCAUCCGUUUCCAGGUCUGUUUAUUAUUUUUUUGCAGUAUUACGUGAUCUUUACUAAUAUAUUUUUGAAUACUA